AUGGACGAAGGCAAGUUUGAAGACUUCUCGGAAUUCGAGCGACCGAUUCGCAACGAGCUGGGUGAACUACUCCGCCACCCAAUGGUGGAAGUGCACCUCGGUCCGCCGCAGACCCGUUCGCGGCCGGUGUUGUGGCAGUGCCAAUAUCGGCAGGUUUGCCGUUGCCGCCCUAUCCUUCAGGACGUUCAGGCCGCCCUUCAGGGCCUUCAGGUCACUUCAGGUAAGGCCCUGAAUACCCUGAACACCCCUUUAUUCUUCACCCGAAAUUCCUGCACACCCCCGAAGCGCUGA